GAGAGGCAGUAGCUUAUUCCGUUGUAUCACUUGCCAGCGGCAGGCUGAGGCUAGGGAGAGCUUGGGGAUGGUUUUCCUUUUUUUGCUCACCUCUGGAUCUAACACCCUUUUUAACAAUAUAAUUUUUGCCUAGCUUAAAAUCCACCGACAGGUAAGGAAGCCUUUCUCUUUCUCUCUCUUUUUUGACCUUCGGGAAGCGGGGUGGCUUGGACCCUCUCAAUGGAGAGGAAUAUUGCGAACUGUUGCUCUUUUGAGUCAGAAUGUAACCCUAUAGCCCCCACAGAUCAAUAGGCUUGAGGGUCUUGAAAGAAAGAAUUAAGAAAUGGUUUGUUGCUUGCUUGCAGCAGGGAGAUUUCCCCGGAGGUCCAAAAAUGGAAACAUUUUAUAAAUUUGCUUUCAGGUACCAGAUUCAGUAGCUGCUGAAAUUGUUGCAGGUAGAUUUGUCUGCGAUUGCUGGCGGUUCUUCUGUGCUCUUAACUUUCACUGCAUCUAGUUGCUUUUUGCAAUGGACUGUUUUGGAUGGAGUUUAGCAAAAAAAAAAAAAAAAAAAAAAUGCUGCCAGCUCUGCUGAGCUCUGGAUUAUUUUUGCUAUUUCCUUUUUUUGCCUCUGGUUUGCAACUAUGCUGUGACUCAGGAAUAGGUCACAGCAUCAAGACCUCUUAGGUCCUCCUGAAGCUCUGAAACAUAUUUCAAAAGAGCCUAAAAUACCACAUGUCGACCUUUCCCCAAGAUGCUCCGAAGCAACUUGUGGAUUGUUUGUACCCCACCCCUCUUAUUUUAUUAUAUAUUUUUUUAAAAAUAUUGGUAUUAUUCCAUGCCAAAAGCAGGCAUCGAAAGAAAAGAUCAGCAUGUCUUGCGUUUGGGGAGAGAUUGCAUCACUUUAGCUUGAUUCAUCAGGGCUCCCCCCCCCCCCGGCAAAAUAUAAGAAAUAAAGAACAAAUCAUUUUGGCUCUGCUGUAGCCUGUUACAGACGUUGCCAUCUGAAAAUAGUUUGUGCUGUAGCAGGAAUGUUUAGAGCUUGAAGCAGCUUCUGCAGCUGAAAAAACUAUUGUGAGGAAAACCUCUUCCUUAUCACUCUUCUCCCUCCUCCCAAUAUUUCCGCUUCCCAGAUUCUUUCGUUCUCUCACUGUGCAUAAUUUCUAUAUUCUGCCCCUUACCUUUUUUUCCUGCACUUCUUUCUUUUUCCAUCUUAAGCAGCUUGCCAAAGACACCCCCCUCCCUUCUUGGUGAUGACUCUGGUCAUUUGUUGUUACUUUGUCAUCAUCUAGAAAUAUCUUGCCAUCUUCUCCAAACAAGCAGGAUCUGGGAUCAAAAGCCUCUCAUCCUUCCCCCUUUCCCCUCACACACUUCCUUCUACAAAUUUUCUUCUUGUUGUUGGCAUUGUUGUUUAAAACCACCCCCAUUGUUUUGGUCCUCCGUUGCAGUGAGGUAUUGGAGGGGCAGUCCUGUGCAUUGUUGUGCCUUAACAAUUAAAAAUUAAGCUGAGAAUAUUAAUAGACUGCCAGUAAGGGGAAGGCAGAAUAGACUCCUGAACCACUUGAAGAGGAGGGCAUUGCUCUGAUUAUUGAUUUGAGCUCUAGCUCACAGCCAUUCUGUUUACUCAGGGCACAGGAAGGUAGUAGUUAGGUUCACUUAGCAACAUGUGCCUUGAACAGCCUCAGCAGAGGUGUGCAGCGACAACUGGGGAAUAACUGCCGCUUGCUCAUUAACUAUUUCUCUCCCCCUGUUCGCUCAACCCUGAGCAGCCCGAGAGUGCUGAUUUUUUUUCUUUUUAAGAAUGCUUCUCACCUAUUUCAUCACUGCAAUUUUCAAACAAGCAUGAAUGUGUUUAAAUUCAGAAGGCUGCUUGUGCUCCAAAGCUUCCUCCCAGAUGCAGUUCCUAGACACAGUUUGCUCAGAUUCAGAGCCCAUUAUUUGGGGUGGAAGUGGGGGGGGGGGAAAUCCCCCGACUCUCUCCAUCUGUCAACACAUACAUGCAGAACACAUCUACAGAGGCAGUAGGGAGUAAAUGUAAUGUGUUGAACUUAUUUAUGGGGUAUGUUCAGGUUGCAUGAGGCUAGCUCAAUACAGUGGUGCCUCGGGUUACAGACGCUUCAGGUUACGGAAUGCUUCAGGUUACAGACUCCGCUAACCCAGAAAUAGUGCCUCGGGUUAAGAACUUUGCUUCAGGAUGAGAACAGAAAUCGCGCAGUGGUGGCAGCGGGAGGCCCCCUUAGCUAAAGUGGUACCUCAGGUUAAGAACAGUUUCAGGUUAAGAACGAAUUAAGUUCUUAACCCGAGGUACCACUGUAUACAGCAGUGGUUUAAUAACCUUAGCAGUGGCAUUGGAAUUGAAGCUUCAUUCUGAAAGAUGCUUUUCCCAAUUCUGUUUAGGGUUUUGGAGGAGCCAGCUCUGGAGUUUCUCUAGCAUGUGGGUUCGCAGUCAGCUUACUCCCCUCCCCCCUCUUUUCUUCAAGUAGAGUGUGGGAAGACUGCUGGUAGGCAGGAGAAGUAGCAACAGCUUGGAAGGGGAGAAAAGCCUGCAGACUUUUACCCACCUCUCAGUACUGUGAACUUGUUGUAUAGGAACAGAGCAGGUGUUGGUAACAUGGGUUUGGUAAAUUGUGGCUGGGAGAAGGAAGUGCACCGUCAGAAAUGGUGUGGGGCAUUCUCUUCAGAUAGUGAGUGGUGUCUUCAUUUCCAAAGGAAGGGGUGUGUGUGUGUGUGUGUGUGUGUGUGUUGGACAGCUGAAAGGGAGGGAGAGUUCAGAAUUUUCUGAGACUUUGGCACUACCCUUUUAAUGCUGGGGCUAUAUGCUCAUAAAGCAUUCCACAGGGCCUGAUCCCUGUCCUGUCCAAAUUCUACAUCUGUGCUGUAGGUCUGCUGCUGCUGUAUCAGUUCUGUUGUCUCUGUGGCUCCCACAAAAUUCAUGUGUGCGUUAGAUGCUUGCACCAUUCUUCUAAACAUCCCCAGAACCUGAUCCUGCUUGGAUAAAUAGCAGGAAUUUUGCCAUUCACUUUGUGGACAUUAGAUUUCUGCAACUACUAAUGUGCCAUUGUCAACCUUGUCUGGAGAUUCAUCGUGAAGGUUAACCUGUCCCUCUGCCUGCUCCCUGUUUGUAUCCUAGUUACAGUGGGAGCAGUAGUGGGCAAUUUGUGUUGUUAAAAGAGAGGGUGGUUAUCCUAUAAAGGCUGUAAUAAGUGUUGCGUGUGGUAUGCCAAAGUUUUGUUGCAUGAUGAACUUCUAGUCUAUAAACACUUGAAAGAGUUAUAACCCCAGGCUCUUUGUUUAAGAAUUAUUUUAGCCAACCUGCACAUAAGGGGUUUGCUUCCAGAGGCAGAGUGCCCGUAGUGGUGAAACUCUAUUAGCUAAUAAUGCCAUGCAAAUGUACAACAUAUGGAACAAUUACUAUUGCUGGUAGUGGAAAUCUGCCAGUAAUAGGUACUUGGUGCUAUUUCUAGGGUUCUAAUUUGAGCAGGCAUUUCAUAGGAAGCUGGUAUUACGUUGGAGUGAUGCUUGGAAUUUGAUCAAAUGGCCAAAGGUCAAGGUAGUUUUCCAAAGUCUCACGUAGACCUUCUUUCAGUCUCUCUCUCUCUCCCCUCCCUUAAACUGGCUUGUUUUCCUCCUUUAAAUCUGAGAAAAAGAUCAGCCCAAACAGCAUGCCUACAAAUGUAAUUUGAACAUGGGCAUGCAGCAUGAUGACAAUAAUAGGAUGUGGUUUCUGACAUGGAAUAAUCUGCAGACCAAUGAAGCUACCUUUCAGUUAACUGCUUUUGCUUGUGUAUAAACAGAAAUCUGAUUCUUUCUUAAACUGAUAUUCUAGACUACGUUUAUACAUCAACAGUAAAAUAGUGCAAAUUGAACACUGAAAGUAGUUUUGCCUAAGGGGUUAGAUAUUGGCUGAGCUAUUGUUUAAAUAAAAAACAAAGCAUUAGUUGCUGGAAAAAUUGAACUUUUGCCUUGCAAACGAAUGAUCAGACAGGUAUAAAUUAACUAGAAAACUAGUGCACAUUUGAAUAACCCUUGAUUGUUGAAAGCUGCCAAAAUAUGAAGCAUAAAAAGUUUGACUAAUUUCAAGAAGAUGUCACCCAUUACAUACUGCAUUCAGCACCCAGGGACAGACCUAUCCUACAUCCAGCCUAGACUUUCCAUCUGUAAUUAUUAUGGGAAGAUCUGCUUUCUGUUAUCUAGGAAAGUACCUAACAUAUAAGGUUACCUUAUGCAGCUGUGACCUGGAGAAUUAGACAAAAGUUUAUAUAGCAUCAUCUGGAACCAUGCUUUGAGAGUCACUUGACCUAUGAAAAUUCUUCUAUAUUUGAAUUGCCAUUCUAGACUUUUAAGUGUAGUGUUAUUUGAUGUUUGUUUGAGUUUGAAUGUUUGCUGUGGGAUGACCUGUGGUUUUGACCCACUGAGGAUGCGCGUCAAAUUUCGUAUGAUGCAAAGCAAGUGCUCCUCUUCAUUUUAAGAGUAAAAUAUCAGCAAGACUACUGUUGUGUCAGCUGCUGCAUUUUAAAUUGAACUUACGAGGAGUCACGAAAAGAAAUGGAAACAUCUCUACAGUUAUAGUCCUAACCAUUAGGGAGUAAGUCUGCAAUCCUAGACCUACUUACCUGAUCCCCAUUUAAUAUGUUUUACUUCUGAGUAAACACGGUUAGGCUUCUGAAUCCAGUGACCCAUACUUCUGACUGAAUAUGCUUGAGGUGGUUAAGACUUCGUGGCUGCAGUCUUAUGCACAUGUGCCUUACAGCAAGCCUCUUUUCAAAUAAACAAGCAGCAUUCCAGGUUAGAUUUUUUUUUAAAAAAACAAACCCCAGCAACAAACACACACACAGGGACAUGAGCCAGUCCUGACUAUAUGGCAGCUCCUUCACAUAGCAAAUUCACGAAGUUUCAACCACACUGUUCAGGCAGUUGAGCUGCAGAAAUUUGGAGGGCAGCAAAAUGGAUGGAUGCAACAAAAGAGAGCUAGACAAGGAAGCAGGCUUUGAAAUGCAUAGACAGAUUAGCAUCCGAUUGGCUGUGUGGGAUAAGAACAUGCAUCAUCAUAGACACGACUAGUUGGGAAUGAGUCGAGCAGGAUCAGGGCCAUUGUUUCACUACUAUAGUAAAUGCCUUUGUAACUUGCAUACAUGUUGAAUGUUGGUCUGUAUAUUUUGGUUCAGCCAUAUUUUGGUUUAGGCCCCAACCUGUGGUUGCUAAAUUUAUUAGUUAAAACAAAACAAAACACAAGCAACAUACUGAUCCCCCGCAAUAAAGGUGAACCUGGAUCUCACUCACAGUUCCAUGAGGUUCGUUUCUGUAUAUUUGCUCUACUACCAAAACACACAUCUUGAAACAAUCACUAUGUCAAUGUCCAGCAUCAAGCUACUUUAGAUUCACUAGCAACAUAUGGCUUUGUGGACUGAAUUCUGAAAAAAGGUGAAAACAAAAUCCAGUGCUUAGCUUCCAAUCAACUUUCAUUUAAUAAGAGGAGGGAUGUCAAAUACUGCAAAAGGGUAAACUUGGAUUGGAUACAAAUGCAUUAUAGAAAUAUCGAGUUGGAAGGGACCUCAAGGGUCAGAUAGGCCCUGCAAUGCACACAGUUCCCCAUCCAAUAUUGAAACCAUACCGGACCCUGCUUAGUUUUGCAAAUGUGCUAGCAGGUUUAUUGCUGCACCACUACCUUAUGUUAAAAUUGGUAUAAAUCACAUCAAGGAUUCUCAGAUCUAGGAAUCUCAAAAUGGAUGGCUUAAAACGAAUCAGCAAGAUACCAGGCUAUUGGCAAUUCAUACUGGUGGCAGUGUAAUACUAGAGUUUAAAGUGAGUCCCCUUUAUACUCUUAAGAAAGGUUUUAUGCAGCCAGAGACCAGAAUUGGACAAGUGAGCCCCAAUAGCAAAAUGCUGGGCAGUUUAAGGAGUGUUACCUUGUUUCCUUAUUUUUGCAGAAUGACUAAAUGAGACACUCCCUGACCCUGGCAAAAAUGUGUUUCUGGUCACUGCAUACUGUGUUAGAUUAAAUUCAUUAUACCAUCUUUGGCUGAAGUUGUCAUACUGUAUCGGCCGAAUCUCCUGGGAUCGCUCAGUCGGUAGAGCAUGAGCCUCAUAAUCUCACGUUGGGCAAAACAUUCCUUCGUUGCAGGGGGUUGGACUAGAUGACCCUCAUGGUACCUUCCUAUGCUAUGAUUCUGCAUAUAAAAACUCGAGCUAUUAGAUGAUGCUUUCUUUUAAGAUUAGCUGUGUGAUUUCCUGCGGCUAUGCUGAGUUGCUACAGAACAAGAUGAGGUGCCUCUGGAAUGAACGAAGCUGGGAGCGGGAUCCGUACAAGAUCACGUGGGGGCAGAAAAAUAGAAAUGCAAUCCCAACAGUUGCUGACACAACUUUCUCUCUCUCUUUUAUGACAGGCCAUGUCUCCUUGUGGCAGAUGAUUGGCUGCUAAGUUGGCCGCGACGAUCGGAAGGUUCCUUGGCGCAGUCAAGGUCUGACAGAGGCCCCGGCUUCUUUCUCUUUUUCCUCUGAGUGUGUUCCCCGAGAGCAUUCAAAACUGUUUCUCCAAAGAGUUCUGCAGAAACUCAGACUGUUUUCUAAAGCAGAAGCACCACAGUCCACAGCGGAAGCGAUGGGCAGCGUGCGAACCAACCGCUACAGCAUAGUUUCCUCGGAAGAGGACGGCAUGAAGCUGGCCACCAUGGCUGUUGCCAAUGGCUUUGGGAAUGGCAAGAGCAAGGUACACACCAGGCAGCAGUGCCGGAGCCGGUUCGUCAAGAAAGAUGGCCACUGCAAUGUUCAGUUCAUAAACGUGGGAGAGAAAGGACAGCGGUACCUAGCAGACAUCUUUACCACCUGCGUAGACAUCCGCUGGAGGUGGAUGUUGCUCAUCUUCUGCCUGGCUUUCAUCCUCUCCUGGCUGUUUUUUGGUUGUGUGUUUUGGUUGAUUGCCUUAUUGCACGGGGACCUCGAUAAAAAGGAAGGACUCUGUGUCUCUGAAGUUCGCAGCUUCACUGCGGCCUUCCUUUUCUCCAUUGAAACGCAGACGACGAUUGGCUACGGCUUUAGGUGUGUCACGGACGAGUGCCCCAUCGCAGUCUUUAUGGUGGUUUUCCAGUCGAUAGUCGGCUGCAUCAUUGAUGCCUUCAUCAUUGGUGCUGUGAUGGCUAAGAUGGCCAAGCCGAAGAAGAGGAACGAAACUCUCAUCUUCAGCGACAAUGCGGUGAUAGCUAUGAGGGAUGGAAAGCUGUGCUUGAUGUGGCGGGUUGGGAAUCUACGCAAAAGCCACUUGGUGGAAGCUCACGUGAGAGCCCAGCUCCUCAAAUCCCGAAUCACCACUGAAGGAGAAUACAUCCCGCUAGACCAAAUCGACAUCAACGUCGGGUUUGACAGUGGGAUAGACCGCAUAUUUUUGGUGUCGCCUAUUACAAUUGUCCACGAAAUAGAUGAAGAGAGCCCAUUGUAUGACUUAAGUAAGCAAGAUAUGGACAACACAGACUUUGAAAUUGUAGUAAUAUUAGAAGGCAUGGUGGAAGCUACUGCCAUGACUACCCAGUGCCGUAGCUCCUAUCUGGCAAACGAAAUCCUCUGGGGCCACCGUUAUGAGCCUGUACUGUUUGAAGAGAAGAACUACUACAAAGUGGAUUAUUCUAGGUUCCACAAAACGUACGAAGUGCCGAACACACCCCUCUGUAGUGCCAGAGACUUAGCGGAAAAGAAAUAUAUCCUCUCUAAUGCAAACUCAUUUUGCUACGAGAACGAAGUAGCCCUCACGGGCAAAGAGGAAGAAGAUAGUGACAAUGGAGUGCCCGAGAGCACGAGUACAGACACACAGCCAGAGAUGGAGCCCCACAGCCAAGCUGGUGUCCCCCUAGAGCCUAGGCCUUUAAGGCGGGAAUCUGAAAUAUGACUGAUGGAAAUGUUUUCCACUCUGGUUAAAAUAUAUCUGUCAAUAACGGGCAGGCUACAUGCAGGAGUGGCCGCAAACAGUUUUUCAGAUGACGGUACUGUCAAACAGAGAUAGGCAUGCAGGCCAAAAAGUCCUGCUAGGCUGGUUUUCAAAACGCUGUCUUCAUGGGAGGUACAGCAAAAGCGUGAAUUGGAACAUGAAGCACUAUGUCUGUGCGUGACUAGAAAGCACAUAUAUGUUAUAGAAUAAAUUAUGUAUAUAUUUUUUUUACAAAACUUGAACUUGCAGGCAAGCUUUGGUUGAGUGGUAUUGUUUGUCGUCUAUUUUUCUCUCUCUGUCUCCCAAAAUGCUUCUCUCUUGGGAACAAGAAUGUUUUAAAUGGCAUAACAAAGGCAAGAGACGGCCUUACUAUUUUUUUAAUGUUGCUGCUAACUACAUGAACACAAAUUGUAAUUAUUUUUUGUCGCAGUGUAGUAUUUGUUUUUUUCUUUUAUAUAUCCUUUUUUAAAAAAAACAACAACAAAAACGCAAAACAAAAACAGAAAAGGGGGAAAUUCUCAGUGUUGAACUUGUUAGUUUCAAAGCUCUCUGUCAGUCAAAGUGACUGGUGAUGCUAGGGAAUCUGAACUUUUGAUGAGGCCAGUAGAUUGGUGGCUAGAAUCAAUUUCUCUUCGUACUAUCCAGUUACAUAAGAAGUAUUAUGUAACACAAUGCCAUGCAGUAGCCUACAGCAAGAUAUAUAUUUUUAAAUUUGUGUUUGGGAAUGGAAUGGGAGUCACCCCCCCAAAAAAAAAUCCAAAAUGUGUUUUGAUUUCAAAGCUACCUAAGUGAAUACCAAAGAGAAAAAAUGCACACAUUUGCACAGCUUUUUACUUAAACAGAGCAGGUUGCUUUCAGACUAUCUUUCUUCCCCAAAGGUCCUUACGCAUGUAGUUUUUUUUUUUUUUUAAUGCACCUUAUUCUAAAACAAAAGACUCCUUUUUUUGCCCCAUCCUUUUCUGGGCAAAUAAACUUCUGAUCUUAAAGAGGAGGAGGAGAAGAAACUGAGUGAAAGGGAGCAGACAUAUGUCAUUUCCUGUUUGCAAAACAGCAAGACUGUGGCAGAAAGUCAGCUGGGAAGUCAUGCAUUCCAGACCAGUUUUUAGAACACAGAACCCUGUUAGAAGUGGAGUAGGAUUUUGCAGGGACUGCAAUCCUAGAGGCAGCUGGGGAAAAGCCCUACUGAACUCAGUAUGUCUUACUUCUGAGUGGACAUGUAUAGGAUUGUAUUGUGAGCCAUCAAACGGAACCAAGGCCAUAGUUACGCUCCAUUUGACAUUUAAUCCAGCUUUGUUACAUGUUGGCAAAACCAUCGUUUCAGCCAUAGAGAUAGACUUGACCAUACGUAAUAGGCUGCCAUGAACAAAGCAACAGGCUGCUCCCAGGAGAUAGGAAACUGACGUGGAAUAAUCUGAUGCAAGGAGAUCAGUGGUUUUGUUUUCGAUGGGACAGCUUCUCCUUGCCAGGGUGAUGGGGGGGGGGGAGUAGGCUAAAAAUUUUCUAGAUUGUUUGUCAGGGGGGUGGGGGUGGGCAGGUGAGUUUGAAGGGAACAAUACUGUAAAAGAGUUCCCUCUUUUUGUUUUCUGACGACUUGAUAAAGCCACGAUGGGAUGAUCAACAGACAUAGCAAUAUAUCUUCACCGAAAUCUUUAAACAGCUAUUGCGACCGACUGCUGAACCGUGGCUUUAAUGGCAUUUGGGGGCCUCUUGCCAAGAAUGCUUUAAAAAUUCUCCCUGCCUUGUAAGAUCAAGUGUACCGUUUCAGUGGCACCCAUAGGUUAUAGACGUACGAGCCCUACCAGCAGGUGGAAGGAGAAGGUGAUAACUGAGGGAAUAAACCUUAAAUUCUUUUACAGUAUUGGAUCUCCCUGUAUGCCAUUAAAAAUAGCUUGUUCUGGGUCUAAUGCUGUUCCUAAUAAACAUCUGCGAAGCUUUCCAGGCCACAGUUGCCCUGUCAGAAGGAGACAAAUUCAGCAAUGUGGCAUUUCCCAGUCAGAAUGAACUUUGCAGAGUUGGUGGGUUCGAAACUGCAGAAAUUGGAGAUGGUGUUAUAUAGGCAGGUUUGUUUGUUUUUCCUCUUAAGUCAGAUAUUGUUUAUGUACCAUGAACUGAGGCUAAUUCUGAAGAGUGAAAAAAGGAGGUUGGGGAGGCACAGUACUAAAUAUGCAUGGCAACCUGACUGGAGUCUCCGGGUCAGGGAAACAAUGAAAGCAAUUGAACAUGACUCGUGCUGCUAUUGUGAUAUAUUUUGCAAAGGAAAAUAAAGAGCAAACCAAAGAGUAUUUAGUGACAUGUCAAACAAAGAAGGGAGGAAACUACUCCAAAAUGCACAAAGUUCCCACUUGCAAGAUUUGAGACAUUAAAGGGAAAGGUGGAUUGAGAAAGUGUUGAAUAUAUUUGUUUUAAAAACAAACACACACAGAGAAAGGGAUUUUGUUUUUUUCCCCUUAAAAAAAAAAUCAAAUCUAAUAUUUCUUUUCUUUUCCUGGUGCAGAGUUGAUCUUUCUUUUCCUGAGAAGCAGGGUUUUGUGUUUUCAGAAUUUUUUUUAACGAAAAUGUACAUUUUUUAAAAUAAAGUUUAUCAAGUAUUUUCAUAUUUAAAGCCAAAUGUAAAUAGAGAAGUCCACUGAAAAAGAAAAACGAUAGGAGAAAAGGCCAAGAUGGCAUCAGUUAGAACCUAUGAUGCUACAGGUUAGCAUGGUUUUUAGCAAAUAAUUGCAAGCCUUAUGGGAUUUCUAAUGCUAUGAGUUAUUUUUUUGUUAUUUAUUUAGGCAUGGAUGUUUAACUUGAUUGUGUUUGUCCUUGCUAUUGGCUUUUUUCUUUCCUUUUUACUUGCAUUCAGAUCGCUACAGACUUGAUGAGAGUGGUUAAUCUAUUGCACUCUUUGUCGGGGGUAUGUUUCUCUUCCUCAAAUAACCCUUUGUCUUUACCUGUUUGCUUCUGCAUGUGAAAAAAACACGCUAAAACGAAACCUUCCUUUAUGUAUAUAUCAUGGUACCUACUGGCCCUUAAUUGUCCUCAUGAUGUUCUUUUUUAACAAACAAGCAAGCAAGCAAGCUCAACAUGGCUUGGGAGGCUCAGCCUUAGGUUCCAUGACCAUUGUGAAGCUAUCGAAAGAUUAUUUUUGAAGCAGCUGAUCACAAGGGACAAUUGUGCAAUGUGUUGAGCAAGUAUAGAUUUGUGGUGCAAUAGCUCGCCACUUACACCGAUGGGAAAUUUCCCCACUGACGUCACUGGAAUGUAGACUGCAUGCAGACCUGAGUCCUCAAGCCACAAAUAAGAGCUUUGAGACAAGCAGUAAUUUUCCUUUUCCCUAAAAAUACUUGAAUGGGGGUGGGGGGGUGCGGGCUUCUCUUGUACAUAACUAACAGUGCAAUCCUGAGCAGGUCUACUACUCAGAAGUAAGUUCCAUUGCUUCAACAGGGACUUACUCCCAAGGAAGUGGGCACACAGUAUAGGGUUGCAGCCUUAUUAUCUCGCUCGUGCAACAAAGGCUAUGGGUUGCUGUUGUUUCUCAACCAUGGCCUGGUGUGCAAGGUUUUAAAAUGAAUAAAAAUGUGUGUAUUCUUUGGGUACAUGGUUCAGUCACAGAUUCACGCCCCCCCCCCAUAACUAUUCAUUCUGUUGUGCAUGCAUUUGGCAAAGACAAAGGGUUCUGAAUCUGAUAUUUUUGCUCUCUUAUUUUUGCUUUCCUUUUUAUUUGUUGGGGUGGGGUUACAAAGUAAAAACCGAUAAGUACUGUAAUGUCUUCUUUUUCUAAAAAAAGCAAAACAAAAAAACCCAAAAACCUGGCUGCUGUUGUUGAUCGUUUUUAAGGUAGGAGAGUGCUGCGCAGUUGCCACCCCACAGGCAACUGGAGAGACCUCUCUCUUCUCGUAAAUGGAUUUUCUGUCCUGCAGCUGUUUGUAAGGUGAACAAAACCAACAGGCAUUUGACAAUCGUUCUCCUUUACUUAUUUUCCUGUUUGCAGCCUUUUGUAUCAAAGUCUUCCUAAUGUACUGCACAAAUCAUGGACUGUACAAAAUUUUUAUAUAUAUAUUAUGUCUUAUUUUAUUAUUUCU